UGAUCAGAUAGCAUAUUCUGUCUUGAGGGAUGCAUUAUAUUGUUUGUAUAAAGGAUUUCAAAUUAAAGACCUCAUGUACUGGUAUCUCAUUACUCUUAUUGUUACAACAAUGUAGUUCUAGUGAAUUGUUAUUCCAAUAACAAUAAGCUGAUAUUAGAACAGAAAAAAUUACGUUACAGGAUAUGAAAUUAAUUUUAAAUAUUUGAUGAAAAUGUUUCACGUCAAAUUUUUCAGUAAUCUGGAAACAAACCAGCUGUUUCUGGUUUUCUUCCUGUUUUUUCUAAGUGCAAUAUAUCUUUGGAAAAAAACACAUAAUGGUUUUCCACCUGGGCCAUUUCCAUGGCCGAUCAUUGGAAAUCCUAUCUUAUUCCAAGGAAGACACCACAUCCGAUUAACAAAUUUGAAGAAUAAAUAUGGUGAUAUAUUUAGUCUUAAAGCUGGUAAAAACAGAAUUGUGUUUGUUUGUUCAUUGGAUGGUGUGAUAAAUGGUCUGAACCAAUCAGAUGACACAUUUGAUGACCGACCAAACCUACCAUCUUUUCAUUGGUUGUUCCAUGGUUGCAGGCAAAAAGGUUUGGGAACUGCAGAUUUUGACGAAAAAACAUCAAUUAAGAAAAAAUUCAUCAUAGACUGUCUCGGAAGUUAUUGUUCCGUAGAUACAAACAUUGAAGAAAAGAUAACUACCGAGGCAGUAAAUCUCUUAUGUUAUUUUCUUAAACAAGAAGAAGAAUUUGACCCAAAAGAAUCAUUCCAAUUUGCUCAUUUGCAUAUUAUGAUGACAUUAGUUUUCCAUCAAACACAAGACCAAGCCAUACAGGAUGUUUAUAAAUCACUUAAAACACGAUCAGAUGCAAAGAAAGUCUUUAGUCCUAAUAAUUUCUUUCCAUUUUUACAUUCUUUUUAUAAAGACGAUUUUCAAAAUACAGUUGAAAGAACUGAAUUUCAGAUGGCAUUUCAAAGAGACAUGCUCAAUCAUCACAAAGACACUUACAGUCCUCAUAGACUCAGAGACAUAGUAGAUCACUUGCUCUUGUUUAUAGAAAGUGAUGAGGAUAGAGGUCUUAUUGAUUGUGAUGACAUCGAGUACCUCCUAAUGGAGAUAUUUGAGUCAGGGUUUUCAGCAGUGCCAGCGAUCCUACAGUGGCUCAUUGGUUACAUGGUGGCUUUUCCAGAUAGCCAAAAAUUAGUUCAGAAGGAAAUAGAUGAAGUUGUCGGCAGAGAGAGAUUUCCAUCCUUAGUCAAUCAGCCAUAUUUACCUUACACAAUGGCCGUUAUUUUAGAGGUCCAGAGAAUCGUAACUGUAUUCCCUUUCCUGCAGCCUCACAGAACAACAAAGCACUGUGUAUUUCAAGGUUUUGAUAUACCAGAAGAUACAAUAAUGAUGUUUAACAUUUGGAGUAUUCAUCAUGAUAAAAGAUACUGGAAAAAUCCAAUGAGAUUUGACCCACACAGAUUCCUUGAUGAUAAACAGAAUCUUGUCAUACCAGAUCAGUAUAUGCCAUUUGGUGCUGGUAAGAGGAGUUGUCCAGGAGAGACUCUUGUUGAUGUAGAGAUAUUUCUGUUCUUUACUUACAUUAUGCAUCAAGUUACAAUAACAGCUGCAGAAAAUGGACAGGUGUUUAAACUUGAGUCUGAAUUUGAUGAAAUUGUUCAUCCUAAGCCAUUUAAAGUAUUUGUGCAAUCAAGGGUUGUUGACUGAAGAAGCUAGAAACACCAUUGUUUUAUUAAUCCGCAAAUAGGGUAGAUUCUUUGAUAAAAAAAAAUUGUAGGUUAAGACAAUGUGAGAGAGCUGUCAACUGUUAGUUUUUAUCAUUACGUUUGUCGACAUCCUAUGCCUAUGUCUUUAAAUUUAAGUUUUGUUUGAAUUGUUGUGGAUAGUUGUCUCAUUGGCAUUCAUACCACAUCUCCUUAUUUUUUCAAGGAUGACAGGGUUGCUGUGUGAAUUCUGUAGAAUGUGUCCCCGUGCUUGUGGUGUAUGCACUUAUAUUGUACAGUUAUGGUGUUUUUGCUUGUGAGAGAGCUGUCUACUGUUGGUUUUUAUUACCACAUUUGUUUUAUUUCUUUAGAUUUAAGUUCUGUUUAAACUUUGGUGGAUAGUUGUGUCAAAAGGCAAUCAUACCACAUCUCCUUAUUUUCAUAUGCAUAAAAGUAAUUGAAAAUACACUGUUACUUUAAUUUUUGGCAUCUUUGCCAGCACAGGGGAAACAUCAGUCCCCUCCAGACUGGAUUGUAACCCUUAGCUAGUGAAGAAGAUUUAUUUAUUGAGGCCUAAAGUAAUUGCAAAAAACUUUCUGGUCAUGCCCCAUCACUUAUAUAGAGUAAUCCCUGCCUUCUACUGUAUCUUUGUAAACAUAUAAUUUAAUUCUAUGUUUAAAUCCAUUGCCUAGAGACCAAUGGUGGUAUUGUACAACUUUUCUGCAUUACCGGUAAGUUCUGUCUUGGUUUUUAAUACAGUUAAUGUUGUCAGCCAUUAGUUUUCAGUGUGGUGUUUUGUGGACUAAUGUGUUGUUUCCGAUCUCUUUCUUCUUGAAGUCAGUCUUUCUUUAUUGGAUGAUUUUGAAAGUGAGCUUGUUUUUAGUUUUCCGGUCAGUGUUUUUUUUCGAACACAGGAUUGUAAUGUUAAUGAUAUGUUCAAUACACUUUCUUCAAAACUGGUACACACACAUGUAUUACAUUAUGCAUAUAUAUAUAUUUUUCAUGACCAUCAUCCUUUCAGUCGAUCACCAAAUCUUUGAAACAAAUUCUAUGGGAAAACACUUUGUUGUUUAUUUUACUGUUUGUGAUAUUUUUUUAUAUUUAUUUUACAUGUGAAAUGUUUAAUUACUGUUAUUAUAAUUGUUGUUUGUUUUUUAUACAUGUUUUUGUUAAUUUUUUUUUUAUGUAUUUUACAUUUUUUUUACUAGUCAAUUUUUUUAUUUAAUUGAUUCUCAACAAGUCUUUACCAAAACUAGCUCAUAGAUAAAUAAUGACAUGAAGCAUCAUUAGUGUAACAAAUACAAAUACAUAAAGUUUUAUUUUCCUAAACAAAGGGCUUAUUGUAUAUAAUAACCCCACAAAUAAUUUUGAAUUAACCUUGAUGGAGGCAUGAAUUUUGCACCAAAAUACUGUAAUUUGGAAAUUAAUGCUUGCAUUUAUUAUUGUGAAUCAUUAUUUACUUGUAAGAUCAUGAAGAUGUCAGAUCAAAUUAAUGUGAUUGCAAAAAUUUUGUGAAGGAAAAUCAGCAAUAAUAAAAUUAUGAAUGCAAGUUUUUAUUAUUGCAAACUUGAUGCUGUCUACUGUAAAUUCAGAAAUUAUUGCGUGCAUUUAUUAUUGUGAUUUUGUCAUUUUAGACUUAAAUGCGAUUUUAAUUUUUGCGAUAUUGAGAAAAAUCCUGUUUAAUUCAUAUAAAAAAUUUCAAAAUGCGAGUUUGAAUCAUUGCGAUUAUAACCCGUCGCAUUUUUCGCAAUAAUAAAAACAUCGCAAUAAUUUCUGAAUUUACAGUAUUUUUUGCAUUAAUAAAAACAUUGCAAUUAUGUCAGAUUUUACAGUAAUCUUUUAAAAUUUUGCCAUGUUUGCUGGCAAGUAAUAGUUAGUGCAAUUUUGCUCUGAUGGCGUUUUUAUGCCCCACCUACGAUAGUAGAGGGGUAUUAUGUUUUUUGGUCUGUGUGUCCGUCCGUCCGUUCGUCUGUCUGUCCCGCUUCAGGUUGAAGUUUUUGGUCAAGAUAGUUUUUGAUGAAGUUGAAGUCCAAUCAACUUGAAACUUAGUACACAUGUUCCCUAUGAUAUGAUCUUUCUAAUUUUAAUGUCUAAUUAGAGUUUUUACCCCAAUUUUACGGUCUACUGAACAUAGAAAAUGAUAGUGUGAGUGGGGCAUCCAUGUACUAUGGACACAUUCUUGUUUAGGACUUGAUAUGGGAUUACGGCACCAGUAAAUCCUAAAAAAGACUGUCAGAUGCCAUAGCAAUCUGAGAAUAGUAAGGGAGCUACCAUUUGAUUUUUAUGGGGGGGGGGGGGGGG